AUCAGAUGACAGCCCGGAAGCAGCGGAAGCGGAUGAGGGAAGCUCGGCCGCGGCCCGAGGGGGCGGUGCAGAGCUGCAGGAGCCUCGGCCUCCUCCCCGCUCCCUGCGCGGCUCUCAUGCGGCGCCUUCGCUGACACCUGAAAUCCACUGCUCGCCGUCCUCCUGGGGAUCACGGGGUUGCUCGGCUUGCCGCCCUCGGCGGUUUCAGUCGUCGUCGUGCGGGCCUGCGGCGGUCGCCCAUGGAGAAGAACGGGCGGGGCGGCGAUAGCGCCCCCCGGGGGCCCGUACUGCACAUCGCGGUGGUCGGCUUUCAUCACAAGAAGGGCUGCCAGGUUGAAUUCUCUUACCCGCCCCUGAUUCCAGGAGAUGGACAUGACAGUCACAGUCUACCUGAAGAAUGGAAGUAUUUGCCCUUCCUUGCCUUACCAGAUGGCGCACACAACUACCAAGAAGAUACUGUGUUUUUUCACUUGCCGCCCAGAAAUGGAAAUGGGGCCACUGUAUAUGGUAUCUCUUGCUAUCGACAAAUUGAAGCCAAGGCAUUGAAAGUACGGCAAGCAGAUAUCACCAGAGAGACCGUUCAGAAAAGUGUCUGUGUUCUAAGCAAGCUGCCUCUCUAUGGCUUACUUCAAGCAAAACUUCAACUCAUUACGCAUGCAUAUUUUGAAGAGAAGGAUUUUUCCCAAAUUUCCAUUCUAAAGGAGCUCUAUGAACAUAUGAAUAGUUCCCUGGGAGGAACUUCAUUAGAAGGAUCCCAGGUAUAUCUUGGUCUGUCUCCUCGAGAUCUUGUACUUCAUUUUCGACACAAGGUCCUAAUCCUGUUUAAACUAAUUCUUCUUGAAAAAAAGGUUCUCUUUUAUAUUUCUCCAGUGAAUAAAUUGGUGGGUGCCCUGAUGACGGUGUUAUCCCUUUUUCCAGGCAUGAUUGAACAUGGUCUCAGUGAUAGUUCUCAGUAUAGACCCCGAAAGAGUAUGUCUGAAGAUGUUGGGCUUCAAGAAAGUAAUCCCCCUGAAGAUGAAUUUGUUUCUAUGCCUGCUCCUGACAUUUCAAAUACCAACUUGGGAACUGUCGAGAAAAUCAUGAUGGGAAACCAUGGAAGAGAUGCUGCCAUCAAGACUGAAGAACCUUUGUUCCAGGUAGACGAUGACAGCAGUGAAGGACAGGAACCCAAUGACAGCAAUCAAUAUUUGAAACCUCCUUCUCGCCCAUCUCCAGAGUCUUCAGAAAGUGACUGGGAGACCUUGGAUCCUAGUGUCUUAGAGGACUCCUCCUUGAAAGAAAGAGAACAGGUGGGAUCGGAACAGACAAACUCAUUUCCAAAGGAGUCUUUGCCCUCAGACAGUCCUCCGAUUACUGUACAACCUCAAGCUAACACAGGCCAGGUAGUCCUGAUACCAGGGCUAAUUUCCGGUUUGGAAGAGGACCGGUAUGGCAUGCCCCUGGCCAUCUUCACAAAGGGGUACCUGUGUUUGCCUUAUAUGGCAUUGCAGCAGCAUCAUCUUCUCUCUGAUGUCACCAUUCGAGGAUUUGUUGCUGGAGCUACUAACAUCCUUUUUCGACAACAGAAGCACCUCAGUGAUGCCAUUGUGGAAGUAGAAGAAGCUCUGAUCCAGAUCCAUGAUCCAGAACUCAGGAAGCUGCUUAACCCAACCACUGCAGACCUAAGGUUCUCAGAUUACCUAGUGAGGCAUGUGACCGAGAACCGGGAUGAUGUCUUCCUGGAUGGCACGGGCUGGGAGGGAGGCGACGAAUGGAUUCGAGCCCAGUUUGCAGUCUACAUCCAUGCACUGCUGGCCGCCACACUGCAGUUAGAUAAUGAAAAGAUCUUAUCAGACUAUGGGACGACCUUUGUUACAGCAUGGAAGAACACUCACAACUACAGGGUCUGGAACAGCAACAAGCAUCCAGCACUUGCAGAAAUAAAUCCGAACCAUCCUUUCCAAGGCCAGUAUUCAGUGUCAGACAUGAAGUUAAGAUUCUCACAUUCUGUUCAAAACAGUGAACGUGGCAAAAAACUUGGAAACGUCAUGGUCACAACGAGUCGGAAUGUUGUGCAAACAGGAAAAGCUGUUGGCCAGUCAGUUGGAGGAGCUUUUUCCAGUGCAAAGACAGCCAUGUCUUCAUGGCUUUCUACUUUCACCAGUUCCACUCCACAGAGUCUCACUGAGCUGCCUGACGGGAAACCCUGAGCGGAGCAAGCCACCCAGAAGCUGCUGUCGCUUUCUUAGGUUUAAGCGUCCCCUGUCUGUCUGCUGCUCCCAGACUGUUCCUCUUCAUCGACCACAGGUCCACAGCAGGGACCGAUAGGUCGAACUGUUUACAUGGACGGUUGCCCUCUGUGUAAAUGAAUGUCACGGGAUGCUGAAAAGACGAAACCACAACCGUAGCAGGGACGGCUUCCCAGGUUGGGGUUUAAAUUGACUACUUUUAUUUCAGUCUGAGCCUGAUUAAAACACAGUGAACGUUCUAAUGAAUUUUGAGUUCUGAUAUUAUACAUUUGUUUACUUUAGAAAAGUUUUUACUUGGUGUAGAUUUUGUUCUGUUGUUGCUGUUUGAAUAUCCAGAUGGAUAUUCAUAUGUGCUAAGAUUAAGUUAUAUUACUAUUUUAAUUUCUCUAAAAUGGGCCCUAAAAUGUGCUUACAUUUAACAGUAAGGGGCCCUAUAAUCCAGCCCUUCAUUAUUAUCUUGCUGAGUUAUAUGAGGAUUUUUUGUUUGUUGGUUUUCUACCCACAAAACACAUUUAUCACUUCACUUCCUCCUAGAAACCGUGGAAGUCUGAGGUGGUAGUUCUGAGGAUGGAGUGUUUUGUUUUGUGCUUUUAAUUUAUUCAUUCCCAAUCCUAAGCACUUGCUUUGAGGUAUCAAGGAGUGUCACUGUGCUUUCUUCCUUUUCCUAAUUGUUCAAGUAGAUGUGCAAAGAAAUAGCAUGGUGACGGUUAUAGCGGUGUUCAAGCAGUUUAACUGAGUGUGUAUUUAGGGCAAGACUUUUAAAGAUCUAGGUGUUAGUUCUAUUGAUUGUAGUAAUGUUGCAAUCUUUACAUGCAUUUUUUUAACCCAGAGUUUGUGCCUUCUAUUUCUUCUUUUGAACAGUUUUCCAUUGGGUGUUUACAGACUUACAGGUUUUUUCUUUGUCUUAAUCUUCAUAAAGCUUUUCAGGGCGCUUGGCCUUCCUACUUCCCUGAUAGAAAAUCCUCAUGUAAUCAAUCUCUACCCCCUUCCAAAAGUAUUUGUGAAAGAAAAGCAAGAUGAUCUGUAAAUAUUAAAUAGAAAUCUCAUCUUGGCUCACAUUUAGAAAAGCAAGAGAAGAAAACUACAGCCAUGACAUCAGUCAUGUUUCAUGAAGGACACCUGGGUUCAUUUUAGACACAGGUGUGCUCACUACUGAAGAUUUUUACACAACUAGACCUCAUGUGGCUGCCAGGCUCAGCUCUCAUUUGCUUUUCAAGGGGACUUUGGAUGGGUGUUCUCAGGGAGUACUUACAGGCGACAGACUGCUUUUUCAGUAACAGAGGAUACUUGGAAAAUACAUCAUGAGUAUAAUCUACAUUUGAUAUGAAGAGUAUAGAGAAAAUCGGGGACCUAAUUAGGGAGGACGCUUGAUUAUAUUUGAUUUAUCCUUUAAGAAAUGUUUGUGUAAGAAGCACUACUAGGGCAUGUGAAAUGAAACAUAGGGACAUAAUCUAAAUAUCCCUAAAUUUUCCAAUUUGUAUUUUAACACAGGUCCUGCACACCUAAAAGCAUACUUCCCUUUGAGUAUAAUAACUCAAGGUAAAGGGCUUAUUGUGAGAACUCUAUUAAUUCCACUUCUGCUAGGAAAGUUAGCUUUCUCAGGAAAUACUAUUUGAAGAGAAGAAAGUAGUACCAAGCAAAACUUUACAAGGUACUUUAAAGUUGCACUGAGACUAACAUCUUAUUGUUUGGUGAGACCGCAUUGUUGGGUAGAGUGUGAUAGCGCAUCGGUGCGCAGUUGCUACUCUCGACUGCGGGGCUGUUCACGGCGCUAAAAGUGCUGUGAGCGGUCAGCCAGCACGCUGCUGGUUCCUCCUUUCGUUUGUAUGGCUUGUAUGAUUGGGGUGAAUUCUCAUCUCUCACUAUUCAAAGAAGUCCAAUCCACUUUGGAAUCCCGCUGAAAUAAAACAAGUUCCAUAAAAUUUAACUUUGCUUUAGUAUCACUCCCUAUUUUAUAUACACCUUAAUGGAACUUUCUAUUCAUGUUUCUGGUUAAGAGUUCAACUCUUAUUUUAACAGAGGUCAUUUUUAACUGGCUUUCAACAUAAAGUGAGUAUUUCAGAAGAUAGAACUUUUGUCAUAGAAACGGUCAAAAGACCAUAACUCUAUUUCCUUCAGGUUCUAGAAGGUAUGGGCGUCUUCAGGGAGUGCAGGCUAUUGCACUGUUGGUGGGGGGCCCUGGGGCAGCCAGCACAGUCGCAGGCAGGAAGCCUGGCCCCUGGUCCCGGGAGCCUACGUGCUUCAAGUUUGGGUUCCGGGCUCCAGCCCAGCAUCCAGCCCGGAAGCAGUAGCCUCCUGCAGCCACUGGCUCUGGGAGCAAUAGGAGCCAACACUGGUGUGGCUGUCUUCGGACAAGUCCCUGGAAAAGGUGUGUGCUUUGCUUGGCCACAGUGUUUUUGCCUGAGAACUGAGUGCGUUUAUAUAGGCCCGAGGGAGCUAGGGUCAGCCGGGCUUUUUCAGAGUGUGCCAGGCAACACAGACUGUAUCCAUAGCUUGGUGGAGACCUCGCUGCUGCCAGGUGACUUUAAAAAAAGUGUUUGGAAAAAGUCCCUGGUGUGCUUUAAUUCCUACUAGGCACUGUAAUGACGAUGACAUAGGUAAAGGAAAGAGGGUUGAGCUGGCCCAAGUGUCCUGAGUUAAGUGAAUAGGCAAAGUUGCCUGUCACAGUAUGGCUUAGGGUUAUUUUGCAUCUGCAUUUGGCUCACAUAGCCAGUAUGAAUAGUCUAUCCCCAAAUCUGUUAGUGAUUUACUAGCCCCCAGGCCCUAAAAUACUGUUCUCUUCUACUUUUUGCUUUAAGAAACACAGCAGCUAUAUCUUUGGGCAGCAAACCAGAGCAUAUGACGUGAUUUCCUCAACCGUAUCUUGCUUUCCAAGUCCUAUAUUAAGCUUGUUUUUUUUGUUGUUGUUGUUUUUUUAGAAUAAUUUACUUAGAAAGGCAAGGAGAAAACAAAUUAGGAAGGGAGAGGUGAGAAGUUGCAAAGCCGAGAGACAAGGUCCUUUAAAAUCUGAAUGAAAGUACUUUGAGAGCAGUAUUUUUUUUUUCUUUUGGUAUAAAUUUAUUUAUUUUUGGCUGUGUUGGGUCUUUGUAGCUGCGCGCAGGCUUUCUCUAGUUGCGGCGUGCGGGGGCUACUCUUCAUUACGGUGCGCGGGCUUCUCAUUAUGGUGGCUUCUUUUGUUGUGGAGCAUGGGCUCUAGGAGCACGGGCUUCAGUAGUUGUGGCAUGUGGGCUGAGUAGUUGUGGCUCGCAGGCUCUAGAGCGCAGGCUCAGUAGUUGUGGCACACGGGCUUAGUUGCUCUGCGGCAUGUGGGAUCUUCCCGGACCAGGGCUCAAACCCAUGUCCCCUGCAUUGGCAGGCUGAUUCUUAACCACUGUGCCACCAGGGAAGCCCGAGAGCAGUAUUUAAUAUGCUAAAGGUUAUAAGAAUUCUUUUAUGAAGAACUUAAAUUUUUCAUCUGCUAGUUACAAGUUUUAAAACGAGGCUUUAACUUUAUCUCCCUGGCAGGCAGUUCUUGUUUUUAAUUUGUUUUGUGGAAGUUAGAGCCAGUGGUCCUUUUCCCUGAGGCCUGGUGAUGAGUUUAGGAGCGCACAGCCCUGUGAGGGGCCAGUGGACUUAUCCUGAACCCCUUGAACUUUUAUCUGCUUCAGCAGUUUGGGAAAGUAGCCUGUUAGGCUGGUAGCCGGUAAGUGUUGCCUGUUAUUUUAUCAGGGAGUUGGUUGGGACUCUUGAGAUGGCAUUGACAUUUGCAUGCUUUGAUUGUUUGACCAGAGGUGGCACAGCAUUCAUGGGCUUUCCACCCAGUUCUGUGGUAGCCUCUAAACACGGUAGAGAACGCAACCCUAGUUUCCAGAAGAUGAUUGUCAUUCCGUGUAGCUCAGCGUGCCACUACGAGUUUUUUCAUUCCAAGUCUUUGGACUUCAUAACAUUGGAAUUGUUUUUUCAUCAUUUCCAACAUUCCAUAAAUAUUUGUCAAGGACAAAGAAAAGGAAUGUGGAUCUUUAUUCUUCUCAUAUAAAUAACUUUGUACACAUGACUUCCUGCUUUCAUAUGAAGGAGAACAAACUAGCUCCCUUGUAUGGCAGCUCCAAGACUAAAAGAUUGUUGCACGUAUAAGGGGUUGAAUAUAUUUUGUAAAACGCUAAUGCAUUUGUAUUUCUGUGUUGUUCUAAAGAUUACCUUUUUACUUAAUAUUAAUUAAAGAUAUAGAAACUAUAUAUUUAAAUCAUGUUAAAUGGGACACAACUUAGGGAUUUUCCUCAAUCUUAUUUUUCAUCAGCUUCUCACACUCAUAUAGUAUGCUGCUCAAAUUUUUUUGUGUGCAAUAUGAAUAUUUGAACAUUUCAGUCAGGUACUGAGCCAGAAAAGGUAAUUGAAGUUUUUAGAAAACUUACGUGCUUAGGAAAUAUAUUGUUUUCUUGAAAUAUUAAUAAUUUAUAGCUGGAAAUAUAGGAUCAAGACUUGUUUCAGGCCACUUGAUCACUGGUUCCUAAAUUUAGGAAGCAUAUGAUUAACAAGUUGGUGAAAGCAUUUAGUGGGUACGGGAAUAGUUUAAAUACUUGAGAUUAAAGGCUUUCCACAAACCCCUUUCUAAGAAAGUUUAGCUUAGAAAUCUUAGAAAGUUUUCUUAGGAAGUUUAGAGCUGUGGUACAUAUUUUGAUCAGAAAGGUAGUUUCUCUUUGCUCUAGUAGUUUUAUAAUUUGUACUAGUCUUUUGUUUCUGUUGUCAUUUGUUUUUUAAAAAAUGUUAAAAUUAUAAAUGACAUCCAAUCAUACUGAACUGUAAAACUUCUACUGUAUCUUUAUUUUAAGGAAAAAUGAGAAUAAAAUUAUGCUGUUUGUCCUGCA